CUUUCAAAUGGAAAUGAAUGAAGAUGCAAUGGCUACUGAAAAUCUUGCUGAAGGUAUUAGGCAAUUUGCCAAAGACGGCAAAACCUUAUUGUCUAUGUUAAGGCAACGUUUGAUAAAUGAAGCUGCAAUGAUUAAUGAAGAUAUUAAAUUGUUUGCUCAACCUUUUCAGGAGGUUGAAGUGUCUAGCUAA